GGAGUGAGGGGCUGAGAGCGGGGAGAAGCGAGUUGGGCUGCCGGGCUGGAGUUAUGUGGGGGCUGCACGCUGUGAGGGGGGCCGGCGGCAGAGCCUGAGUGCGGACUAUGUGCCGGGGCAGCUGAUACAGCCGGCAGGGAGCACACAAUGCCGCUACUCGUGUAGGGACUUCCAUGGGCACUGACUCUAUGGGCUGAGAGAGACUGACACCCGGACACAGCGGCGGCCUCUCAUGUGCUGCUAGGGCUCGCACGGUGCUGCUAUUGUGCGGGGGGGAGGCUGCAGGGUAGCGGGCCCCGGUAGAUGCUGAGAGGGCUCGGAGGCUGCAGGGUAGCGGGCCCCGGUAGAUGCUGAGAGGGCUCGGAGGCUGCAGGGUAGCGGGCCCCGGUAGAUGCUGAGAGGGCUCGGAGGCUGCAGGGUAGCGGGCCCCGGUAGAUGCUGAGAGGGCUCGGAGGCUGCUUUGGAUGCUGAUUUCAGCCUGACACAGUCGCAGCAGGAGAUCGCACCCCGAGGGAUGGCUGCCAGAAGUCGCCACUCGUUGCUCAGUGUCCUGCUGGGGCUGGUCCUGGGCUUCCUCCUCGCCUCCAGGUUUAUCUUGCCCAGAGCGGCCGAGCUGCAGAGAGCCAGCCGUAGGAGAGCGGGCGGUGGGGGGGUAUCAGGGGGGCAGGCUGGGAGCUGUGGCCGACAAUCUGCCUUAAGGAACGAUUACAGCGGGGUGCUGGGCUGGCAACAGCGGCUACACACGGACACCGGGGCUCUGAGCCCGGCCAGCGAGGAAGACAUCCCCACGGACAAGAACUUCCUUUUUGUUGGGGUCAUGACAGCUCAGAAGUACCUGGAAACCAGAGCAGUGGCCGCUUAUGGGACUUGGGCAAACUCCAUUCCUGGUAAAGUUGAAUUUUUCUCCAGUGAAGGCUCAGAUACAUCUAUACCGAUUCCAAUUGUGCCACUGCAAGGUGUGGAUGACUCCUAUCCACCACAGAAGAAGUCCUUCAUGAUGCUCAAGUACAUGCAUGAUCACUACUUGGAUCAAUAUGAGUGGUUUAUGCGAGCAGAUGAUGAUGUUUACAUCAAAGGGGAUCGCUUGGAGAACUUUUUGAGGAGCCUCAACAGCAGCGAACCACUGUUCCUUGGCCAGACUGGCCUUGGCACCACAGAGGAAAUGGGCAAAUUGGCACUGGAGCCCGGAGAGAAUUUCUGUAUGGGUGGCCCUGGUGUGAUCAUGAGCAGAGAAGUCCUUCGUAGGGUGGUGCCCCACAUUGGCGAGUGUCUAAGGCAGAUGUUUACCACCCAUGAGGAUGUGGAGAUUGGCAGAUGUGUCAGAAGAUUUGCCGGAGUGCAGUGUGUCUGGUCCUAUGAGAUGCAGCAGUUGUUCUAUGAGAAUUAUGAACAGAACAAGAAGGGCUACAUCCGAGAUCUUCAUAACAGCAAAAUUCACAGAGCCAUCACUUUACAUCCCAAUAAAAACCCUCCCUACCAGUACCGCUUGCACAGCUACAUGCUGAGUCGCAAAAUAGCAGAGCUCCGGUAUCGUACGAUCCAGCUGCACCGGGAGAUUGUUCUUAUGAGCAAGUACAGUAAUGCAGAAAUCCAUAAAGAUGAUAUGCAACUGGGGAUUGCUCCAUCUUUCAUGCGGUUCCAACCACGCCAAAGAGAGGAGAUUCUGGAGUGGGAAUUUCUCACUGGCAAGUAUCUGUAUUCAACUGCUGAUGGACAACCUCCUAGACGAGGAAUGGAUUCUUCCCAAAAGGAGGCUCUUGAUGACAUUGUAAUGCAAGUUAUGGAGAUGAUAAAUGCCAAUGCCAAGGUUCGAGGUCGUAUUAUUGACUUUAAAGAAAUCCAGUACGGAUACCGUAGAGUUAAUCCAAUGUAUGGUGCAGAAUAUGUCUUGGAUCUGCUUCUUCUCUACAAAAAGCACAAGGGUAAGAAAAUGACUGUUCCUGUCAGGAGACAUGCCUACCUCCAACAGACAUUCAGCAAAAUUCAGUUCAUGGAACAUGAGGAGAUUGAUGCUAAAGCGCUGGCGAAUAAAAUAAAUCAGGAAUCUGGUUCCUUCUACUUUUUGUCAAAUUCUCUUAAGAUGUUUGUUCCCUUUCAUCUCACUGCAUCGAAGACUGAACAUAAAGAGCCCAAAGAAACCAAGGUGAACAUCCUGGUUCCCCUCUCUGGCCGAUUUGAUAUGUUUGCCAGGUUUAUGGCCAACUUUGAGAAAACCUGCCUCAUCCCAAAUCAAAAUGUGAAGUUAGUCAUUCUACUUUUCAAUUCUGACUCCAAUCCUGACAAAACCAGGCAAGUUGAACUCAUGAGAGAUUACCGUGUUAAAUAUCCCAAAGCAGAUAUGCAGAUCUUACCAGUGUCUGGAGAGUUCUCCAGGGCUUUGGCUUUAGAAGUUGGAUCCUCGCAGUUUCGAAAUGACUCUCUGCUCUUCUUUUGUGAUGUGGAUUUAGUUUUCUCCACUGAGUUUAUACAACGAUGCAGGGCAAACACCAUUUUAGGGCAGCAAAUAUACUUUCCAAUUAUAUUUAGCCAAUAUGACCCCAAGAUUGUUUAUGCUGGAAAAGUCCCCAGUGAUAACCAUUAUGCUUUUACUCAGAAGACUGGAUUUUGGAGAAACUAUGGCUUUGGCAUCACCUGUGUUUAUAAGGGAGAUCUUUUACGUGCUGGUGGCUUUGAUGUUUCCAUUCAAGGAUGGGGACUAGAGGAUGUUGACCUUUUCAACAAAGUGGUACAAGUAGGUUUAAAGACCUUUAGGAGUCAGGAGGUUGGAGUCGUUCACAUCCACCAUCCGGUGUUCUGUGACCCAAAUCUCGAUCCUAAACAGUACAAAAUGUGUUUGGGUUCCAAAGCCUCUACAUAUGGGUCAACUCAGCGCCUGGCUGAGUUAUGGCUUGAGAAGAAUGACCCAAUGUUUGGCAGAACCACUCACACAAAUGAAUCUGUGAGGACAGCCUAAUAAUCCAGCACUGCUGGGGGACCUUUGAACUGUUUCAUAAUCUAAUUUAUUUUUUCAAAAUUAUUUUAAUAGUCAAGACUGUAGUGUUUGAUAGAAAUCAUGCCUUUCUAAAGAAAAAAAAAACAAAAAAAAAAACGUGAUCAGUAUUUGCCUUUCAGCCGUUGCAAUAUGACAACUUGAAGUCUCAUGAACAAAUCUUUUAUGUUUAUCUUUUUUAAAUUGCAUUCCAUGUUUUCAUUGCUGCAUUUAUUUGCCAUCAUGGUCAGGCCAGUCUCUUAUACACCUUUGUCGAGGCCUUGCAUUGUACCUACAGGAACAUAUAUAUAUUUGCUACAUUUCAGCCCUCAAACUAGUAAACCUUACUUUUAUAAAUAUAGACCCCGCCUCCCCCUAAAUACUGUCGUAGUUUUUAUUUUUACACAGCCUUAGACACUCUGAAAUCCCUUGUGUCAGCACAUGAAGUCAAAUAACAGGAUUCUACCCUUCCAUGUUUUUCAUUACUAUUAGUAUGCCAGUAACAGAAUGUUUCCCAUUAACAGAUAUUGCUGGUCAUGUCCCAGGGUAACCUGCAUUCAACUGGCGUAGAUUUUAUAUUUGACAAAAAGUGAGCAAGCACUGGCCCUUUAGCCAACUUUUGUCUGAGUGUGCUUUAUUCAUGUUUUCCUUAUCAGAUAUGGUUAUUAGUAUUGUAAUUUAUAUAAGUCAUGGUUUUUUUGGUUAUUUAAGCAUUUCUUGUGCAUAACCAUUAUGUACAAGGAAUUUCCAAGGCUUUAUUUUAUUAUUGUGUUUGUAUAAUUGUGAUCAAGCUGUGGUACAUUGCAGGAUCUGCCUGUAAAGUAAGCAAAUUGAAGAGUAGCCUCUCGAUUUAGGAAUAUACAAUGUUUCGAUUGUUUACAGAAGGAUUUGCCUAGGUAGGAGUCCUUCAUAUAGUAGCCACAUACUUAUAUACAGAUAUGUAUUGCCACCCCCUGGCAUUAAGUUAAUGCAAGGUUGUUAAUGAUUCUCUUCUUGCACUGUUCAACCAAACAAUCACAGGGGCAGGGAAACUGACUUGGCUAUAAUAUAAUAUGAAGAGUGUCCCUUGUUAGUUCGCCAUUGUCAGCCAAGUGGAGACCUGCAUCCUGAAGCUGCCCAUGCAUGUAAAGAUUUGCUUAUUUGGCCAGGAAGCUAAAUGAGCAAGUUUCUAAAUGUUCAUUGGCCAAAGUCUGCUCAUGUAAGUGUGCAACCACUGGGCCAACAACUGGAAAACCUGGUGUGGGGGGGAGUCUGCCUGUGUAGUGCAGUCAGGCACAGACCUACUGUUAUCUAAGUGAUUUGUAGAACUUUACUAUCAAAAUGCAAUUGUUUUGGUCCCACGUGAGCUGACAAUCUGCCAUUAAUGGCUGAAUUAGCAGCCAAGGUCUUCCUUUGUGUAGCAGCUUCUAGUGAUAACAUAUACACAUUGCUAUGCCCCGCCACUGUCUGAAGGGCUACUUCCUAAGCUUUCCUCUUUUCAUUAGGAGACAUGUUUCUGCUGCUUGACUUCUCUUUCAGGAGUCCUGCUUGCUGCCCAAUCCUGUUCUCAUCAUGUCUGCUGGAAUUCUACCACUCUGAUGGGAUUUCAGUAAAAUACCUUAUUAUAAGACCAAAUACUUCCAACAUUCCUGCAAUUACCAACAACCCUGCCUUUGUCAGAUAUAGCCAUUUAAACAGAGAAAAACUAUUUUACAAUGUGCCUUAUUUCAUUUGUAGACAGACGUCAUUCUCUACAGCGCUCUGGAAUCAUCCAAUAUCAUGCUGGCCAUCUGAGCUUCUCUAUGGGGAAUGUAUUUGAGAUGCUACUUGCAAACACUGAAUAGAAGUUCUGUAUUUUACUUGUAUCAUACAUUUUUUUUUUCUUUCUUAAUGCUGUUCUUUUGUCAAUGUCUUGCGGUGCCUUAACUAUUCUGGCGCUGAGGUUUGAACCAAAUGCAGUACUUAAGCUCAAAAAAAAAAAAAUAUUUUUUUGAGCUGUCAACUUUUUCAGGUCUCAUAAAUCUCCUUUUUCAUUGGUAAUGUUUAUAUUUCGGGGUGGGGUGAGUAGAUACGAACAAAGUUUUUAAAUUAUUGUUUUUAUUUGACCAUUACAUCCCUCCCAGAGGCACAAUGUCUUGAUCAUGUAAAAUGUUUAAUAAAUAAAAUGUUCACUGAAA